GGCGUUCGUGCACACGUUCUUACUCAUUCUUGUGUGGUGAUAAUGUUAUUCCUGUGUGUGCUACCGCAUUCCGUAGUGUGUUAAGUAUCUCUACCAAGAGAUUACACACUGCUGUUGAGUCUGUGACUCCCACAGGCACGCCUCGUGUGGACCGACGAGGCAAGCACGUGCCCAAGCACGCCAUGCCUGCUUCAAGGAAGAACCUUGUAGAGCAGCAUGUGAAGAGUUUUCCUACUGUUUCUAGCCACUAUACACGUGCUAAGUCACCUCUAAUGCGGUACCUGGACACUGAUAUGACGCUGCAGAAGAUGUUUUUCCUGUACAAGGAGUGGUUGUUCGACACCAACGAGGACGAGGAACCUGUCAAGUUCUCUUAUUACAAGAAAGUUGUCCGUGGGUAUCGUCUAGGUUUUAAGCCCCCCAACACCGAUACCUGUUCAAAGUGUGACAGGUACGAGGUCAGCAAGAAGGAUGCGAGCACAGAAGAGGAGGCUGAAAAUGACUGGAGCACUGACACUGCCUCUGAGGAUGGCAUGGCUCCUUGCACAACUAAACCAUCAUCCAUGGAAAGCAGAAUGGAAGAACCUCUAGAAACUCCUUUGGCUGACAACGAUAAGGUUAUGAUUGGUGAUGGAGAUCAUGACCACAGUGAAGUGUUGACUGAGGAUCAGCUUCAGGUAAUACCAGCAUCAAAGUUGGAUAGUAUUCCUGGUGAUAAUGAAGAGUGGGAAACUCUAACAGUGUCCCCAAAGUUAGAUAAUUCUCAUGAUCAUGAAGAGGGAGAAACUCCCCCAACGUUAAAGUUAGAUAAUCAUUAUGAUAAGGAUGAAAAGACAGAAAUUCUACCAGUAACAUUAAACAUAGACAAUGGCCAUAAUGAUGCAGAAGAGGCUCCCUUAACAUCACCAAAGAUAGAUGACCUUCAUGAUAAUGAAGAAAAGGAGGAAAGUCUUUGUUCUUUCUCAGUCAAUGGUAGAAAUAGAAAUAGCUCUGAAAUAAAAGAAGUAGAUCAUCUCCAUGACCAGGAGGACAAACUUGCACAGGAACUGCUUCAGUUGUCAGGAUCAUCUUCAUCUCUGAUAAAUAAUAAUAAGCAAGAUAACACUGAGGAGGAAGAAAUAGAAGAAGAUGAAGAAAAAUGUAAAAAUCACCCUCUCGAGGAUGCUGAUAUUGAGGCAAUACAGGAGUACAUUCAAAAAGCAAUACAGGUUGCACAAGACAAGGACCCUGACCUGGACCGAAGCAGCCACUUUGCUAUGAGUCUUUCAAAAGUAUUGGAGCUUUACACUGAUUUAUUGAAGAACAGAAAAUCAGAGGAGCAGUGUUUCACAUACUUCAGACCAGCAAAACUUUCACCUCCAUCACAUUGUAGUGAAGAUGAAAUUUUUUUUAGAGACAGUGGUCAACAUAGUACAGAGAAAUCUAGUCUACAAGAAUUACAGCAAGUAUCGGAUCAGAAGCAAGAUACUGUUAACAAUGCUAGUGGGAAUCAACAGACCAUCGGUCAUGACACCGAAUCUACCACAAGAAGUAAAGGAAUCAACUGCAAGAUCAAAGAAGAAAAGAAAGAAUACAUAGAUGAGUAUUGUAUGUCAAUAAAAGAAGAACCUCUGUUUGAUGAACAUGAAUAUCUUGAUAGUAUAGAGACCAUUCAAGAGCAAAUCAAAGAGGAGGUCAGUUCAGACUUUAUGCAGGACCCUCUGUUUCAAAAAGUGGGCCAUGAGUGUAACAUUAAUGAUGUGGAUGAAAACAACAGCUCUUCUUUCCAAGAUUUUGAAAGCUGUGUAGAAGAUCUUCCUGGAGGACCCACAAGUUACUAGCUGAAUGAAUUCAUUACAGAAUGAAAAAUAGAAACUUGUGUGCAUGCCCAGACCUACAUUCACACCCACCCACACUCACAAUCACUCACUCUCUCACUGUCACACACACAC